AAAUUAAUCAAAUCUUUUGUUUACUUUUUGUAACUCCUACCAUUAUCAUUCUCCCGACAACUCAAUUGAAGACUGAUUGAAGUCGAUGCUCGUCAAUGCUUCGCAGUGUGCCUUCAAGGUCCAGAUACUUACGGCACAAUGUCAUUCAACGCAGACUUAAUACAAUUGUCUGUCGAGAGGCAAUUGCUUCAAGGGUUCGACCUACCGUUUCUGUGAUAUCGUCUCGUCGGCCUAAAUGUUUCAAGAAGUGUUUGCAUACGCAAACAGAACCUUCAGUUGGAUUCACAGAUGAUACAAUAUAUGCACUUUCAACAGCACCCGGUAGAGCCGGUAUAGCUAUCAUACGCAUUUCUGGCUCUGCGUGUCUCGAUGUAUGAUAGAUUUCUUCAACCUUACAAGCUUUCGAUAUUGACUAUGCUAGAUUUAUCAAAGCUUGUGCCCAUCGAAACUGAUUCCCAAACCACGAUAUGCGGCUGUAAGAACACUCUAUGAGCCAUUGACGCCGACUCUAAACAUUCUCGACUCCGACGCUUUAGUUCUUUAUUUUCCCGCUCCGAAGACUGUUACUGGAGAAGAUGUACUAGAGUUACAUGUACAUGGAGGUACAGCUACAGUCAAAGCAGUCCUAAGCGCAAUUCCACGAUGUACAUCGCCAGCGAAAAUUCGAUAUGCCGAGCCUGGAGAAUUCACACGUCGAGCUUUUCAGAAUAAUAGAUUGGAUUUAGCGCAAGUGGAAGCAUUGAGUGAUACAUUAUCUGCAGAGACGGAACAACAACGUCGUGCUGCUGUGCGAGGAAAUUCUGGAAAUCUUGGUCGUACAUAUGAAGCAUGGCGGCAACAAUUAUUGUAUGCGCGUGGAGAAUUGGAGGCUUUGAUUGAUUUUUCCGAGGAUCAACAUUUUGAUGAAUCGCCUGCGGAAUUAUUAUGGAACGUUACAGCUCAAGUUGAGGUUAUGUUGGAAUCAAUUGCCGCGCAUGAGUCAGCGAGUCAUCGGGGUGAAUUACUCAAAAAGGGAAUUAGGAUUUCUUUAUUAGGGCCACCUAAUGCUGGCAAAAGUUCUCUUUUAAAUCAAAUCGUCGGUAGAGAAGCUUCAAUUGUCAGUCAAGAAGCCGGAACUACUCGAGAUAUUGUGGAAGUUAGUUUGGAUAUUCGUGGGUACCUUUGCACUUUUGCGGAUACCGCCGGCUUGAGGACUCGAGUUUCACAAAGUGGAAGUGGCAAGAAUGACUCAAUAAUCGGGCAUAUCGAACAAGAAGGUAUUCGAAGAGCGAAAGCGAAGGCAAAUGAGUCAGAUGUCGUUAUUGCCCUUGCCAGUAUAGAAUGGUCAGAUAUUCGAAACGGAUGGGAAAUUCGUUACGAUAUGGAAACAUUCGAAAUAGCGGCUCAGGCUCCCAAAUCCAUGAUUGUUGUUAAUAAAUCUGAUUCGGUCACCCUUGAGAUACUGUCAGAACUUAUAAACGACUUCAAAAAGUCUCAAAUAGACAUACUUAGUCAAGAUGUCGUUCCAGUAAUGACAAUAUCAUGUAAAAAUGCCCAAGCAUCAUCAAGUCAAGGAAGUAUUGGUCACUUUAUCGACGAAAUGGUCAAUAUAUUCAAAAAUAUGACAUCUCUACCAACGGACCUCGAGGAUUUACUAGGAGUUACUGAACGUCAGCGUCAACUUCUUACCGCUUGCUCAGCCCAUCUAUUAGAUUUCACGAAUGAAGCUCAGCAGCAUGUAGAUCAUGAAGGAGAUGUCGAUAUCGUUUUGGCGGCUGAGUAUCUUAGAGCUGCUGCUAAUUGUUUAUCGCGGAUUACGGGGAGGGGUGAAGCGGGUGAUGUUGAGGAGGUUCUUGGGGUGGUUUUUGAAAAGUAAGUUGAUUUUCCUUUUUUUUCGGGUUUGUGGGGGAGGGGAGGGGAGAGAAAGUGUGGUGGGAGGUUUGGACUUGUUUUGUAUGUGUAUCGUGGACUGACUUUUUCAUCUCCUUUUUGUAGGUUUUGUGUUGGUAAGUAGUUUGGAUGUUUGUAGGAUUGUAGGAUUGUUGAAUUGUUGGAUGAGAUGUGAUGGGGUUGGGAUUGAGGAGGUCUGGCUUGGAAUUGGGAAUGGGAUUCGAAUUGGCAUUCAUGAUGAUGAUAGAGUUUCACGAGGUAGAUGGAUAAAUUAGAAAGUUAAGAUAGAGAUGAACAUAUAAUGGUAGAUUGACCGUUCAUU